AGAUUGUAGAGGUACCUGAGGAGAGCGGUACCUCAGGAGCUGAGGAGAGGAUUUUACCUCAUGUGAGAGACGGAGUUCGUGCUCUCAGGAGAGGAAACAGGUCCUGUAUGUAAAGAGACAGGUCCCUUGCAGCUUGAGGCAGCGGGAGAAGGAGCAGCAGUAUAGGCAGCAGCACUGACAAGUAUCAGUGACAGCCAGAACAGUGCUCAGAGGACAAGGGUGUGGAGAGGCAUCAGCGUUCAGGUGCCUGCAUUUCCCUUCUAGAGGAGGCUGUACAAAUGACGUCUGCAAACCUGGGAGCUGAGCUGAGCUGCUCCAUCUGCCUGAGCACUUACACAGACCCUGUAUCCCUGAGAUGUGGGCACAUCUUCUGCCAGGACUGUAUUGUGAGUGCACUGGAUACACAGGAGGGGGCUGGGGGCUAUUCCUGUCCGGAGUGCAGGGCAGAGUAUCAGGAACGCCCGGCACUGGAGAAGAACAGGAAGCUGAGUAACAUUGUGGAACGUUUCCUAUGUAGUCACACAGAUCCGGAGGAGACCCCAAUCUUCUGUACUUACUGUGACUCUCCUGUGCCGGCUACUAAAUCCUGUCUGCAGUGUGACGCUUCAUUUUGUGACAAACACUUGAGCAAACACAGUAAAUCUGCUGAACAUGUUGUAACUGAACCCGCUGUUAACUUUGAGCACAGAAAAUGCUCCGUACACAAGGAGAUGGUGAAGUAUUACUGCUCUGUGGAUUCAGCUGCUAUCUGUACUUCUUGCUGGGUUUCUAGAGAACACAAGGGUCACCACGUGGAGCUUCUGAACGUGGUCUAUGAAAGGAAAAAAGAGACUUUGAGAUCGGUUAGUGAGACCCUGAAGUCUGAGAGAGAGGAAACUGAGAGGACAGUGCAGCGUCUGCAGGUUCACGGGAGAGAGGAGAAGGAGAAAGCCGCUGGUGUCACUGAGAGAGUCACUGAUCUGUUUAGAGACAUCAGGGAGAAGUUAGACACCCUGGAGAGGGAGGUCCUUGGUGAGAUCUCCAGACAGGAAGAGCAGAUGUCACACUCAGUCUCUGGUCUGAUCACACAGCUGGAGAAACAGAAGGACGAGCUGUCCAGGAAGAUUAGUAGCAUUGAGGAGAUGUGUAAUAUCACUGAUCCAUUAACUUUCCUAAAGAAAGAACCAGAAAGUGAUGUCCCCAGUCACAGGAGCUGUGAUGUCACCAGUGAUGUAAGAGUUGCUGGAUGUGUGGCUGAGGGAAUAAUCUCACAGAUGUUACGCAGAGGACUUUUACACUUCUCUGAUCUGAUGGAUCUACAGACAAAGAGACAGCUCUCAGUGAUGGAGAAAGCAGACAUAUUACUGGAUAUAAAGACAGCCUGUAAUUACAUUAUUAUAUCAGGGGAUCGCAGAACUGCCUCUUAUACUGAUGUAUAUCAUCAACACAGACCAGAAGGACCAGAGAGGUUUAUAUCCCAGCAGGUGUUAAGCUCCUGUAGUUUCUCAUCUGGGAGACAUUACUGGGAAGUGGAUGUCGGUAAAGCAGAGGACUGGCUGAUUGGGGUGGCCGGUCACAGUAUAGAGAGAAAGAUAGAGGGUAAUGAAUCAUACAUUGGUUAUAAUGACAAGUCAUGGGGUCUGGACUCCAUGGGUGAACUUGUAGCAUGUCAUAACAAUAUACAUAAAGAGAUAGAUGCAGGCUCUCCUGUGCAGACAGUGGGGAUAUACCUGGACUAUGAGGCCGGGCGUCUGUCCUUCUAUCAGCUGUGUGACCCCAUCAGACACUUACACACCUUCUCCGCCACCUUCACUGAGCCCCUAUAUGCUGCCUACCAUGUGUAUGAGAACUGCUGUAUCAAAAUCCUAAAGUAAAUACUGUAACAAUACAGGGCCGAAACUAGGAUUUUCGUCACCUGGGGCAAAGCAGUAAUUUGGUGUACCCUCCCCCCCCCCCCCCCCCACCACCACCAACCAUGUCAGAAAAAGAAAUCAGAUUGUCAAAAAAAACUUUGAAAAAAGGGGAUACUAUUGGACAAUAUUCCCCUAUGUGCCUCACAUGCCCUAUGCGUCAUAUGUCCUACCAGCAUGUUCAACUACAUGCUCCUCUGUGUGUCCCUAUAUAUUGCACUAUAUCAUAACACUUCAUCACUGCACUAUAUUCCCCCUAUCCACUGCACUACAUCACUAUACUACAUCCCUUACACCCUGAACUACAUCACUACAUCCCCUUAUAUGCUACACCACAUCAGUGCACUACAUGCCCCUAUAUACUGCAAUACAUUACUACACUACAUACCCUAUAUGGUACUCUACAUCACUACACUACACCCCCCACCCCCAUCUGACAGGCAAAGCGGAGGUUGAUACUGCUAACUGGAAGCACAGUAUGCUUCUAUAGCUCCGGGAGCUGACUGCAAUCUCACUGGAGCAGCACAGCACUGCCGGUAAAAAACAAACAAACAAAAAACCUGCUCCUCUAACUCCUUGGCGCCCCUUCAAAUCCUGCACCUGGGGCGCAUGCCCCCUUAGGCCCCCCCUAGUUGCAGCCCUGAACAAGGAGAUUGUGCAAGAAAUCAUAACAAAAUUUACUUACUGUGGGAAAUUUAAUUGAAUAUUACUAAUGUAUUUCUUUGGAUGUUUUUUUUUUUUCUUCCCCAAAUUAAGAACAGUCCAAAUACUAUUUUAGAGGUGAGAUCUAUUUGUUAAAUAAUAAAAGCAUGUAUUAAUCAAAUGGUAACUUUUGCCCAAAAGUUUUAUAUUGACAAAGUUUAUAACAUACAAAGUUCCCCAUAACUGGCGUGCAGAGUUCCCCUGAUCCGCAAACUCGGCGGUCAGUGAUCGGGUUCUGGUCUGUUCCCCGCUACUAGGGAGGGUCUGUGUCAGGCAGACAGUGCUGGUGGUGAUGCCGCCCUCUGUAGGAUGCCUUAUUCAUGAAGGUCUCAGGAGAGGGGUAUAAACCCCAUCCUCGUCUGUGUUCGGGACAGGCCUCCUUAGUAGCAGAGAACAGAGCUUAAUUUAACAUUGAAGGUUACAGUGACACCUGCUGGAUAUAAGGGAUGCUGCACAUAGUGAGCAGAACUUUAUAGCUAACCGCAGUUGUUCUUAAACUGUGUGCUGUGGCAUCCUUGGGUGCCUCAGUCGGGACAUUUUCAGGGGUGCACUGGAUUGGUGGAGAUUCCCCCUGUUGCAAAGCCGUGCGACUGUGACUGUGUGCUAAUGCCGGUAUCUGCUCUCUUUCCCCCCCACCCCCUCCCCCUGGUGUGCAGCCGGGUGUCUCUAUGACU